UUCUUCCCAAAUAAAUAUCCAAAAUUUACUCAACUUUCCCAACUCCCAAUUCGAUCCAAUUAGAAAAUCCCUCUAAUAAAAACCCCCCAAAAAAACAUGCAAAAUUCCAGUACCCCAACCACUCGCAUAACCACUCCAAAACCAAUCCGUGGAGGAAAUACCCAAUCCACAGGGACGAAACUGGGUCAUCCUAAUAAUAAUCCACCAGGAAAGAAGCUAAAACGGGUCACCCUGAGCGAACAUGUGGAAAUCCAAGGUUUGAAAAGCCCAUUGAAAGUCACUCUCCCAGAAGGAGGACCAUCGGAUCGAGAAGAGUACGUUGAGUACGCCUUGGACAUGCUGAUUCAUAAUCUCAUCGGUUCUGGACAACUGCAACCCUCUCAAGCCCACCUGGUCAAGACUCCCGAGUUGAGAGCCCACAUAUCCGAAUUGGUCGAACGAGUCGAGGACGCACACAAAAUAGGCCUCUCGACUCAAAUCUCAUCAAAAUCCUCCACGCACAAAGCAGUGACAAAGUGGGCCCUCCAACCAAAUUCGCUUCCAAUCACGAUAAUCACAGACAAAGAUCCCAACGCGAAAUCGGAAAGGAAACCAAAUGUUUGGAGCACACCCGUCCCGAUCCCUCCAAAGAAAAGAACAAACGUCCUCAGUGCUCCCUUGAGCAUUAAACCCAAGCAGAAAGUAAUUCCAAGAGAGAAACUCCACCAGUUCGUCUCCUCACCGGAACCACCACCAAAAUUCCAAAGACCAAAAACUUCAUACCCAUCAUCCCCACUGACCCGAGAUAAACAGCGACCCACGAGUGCAACAAAUCCAUCCGCAUUUCCAACAGAAUCCACGUACGAAGGAUUAGACAACUAUCGAUUCAAACCCGCAGUAUCAAUUGGAAACGAUGGUGGAUUUAGAGCUAAAUUUGAUAUGAGAGGAUUCGAAAAUGAAGAAAUCUCUCUGGAUCUGAAUGGGAGGAAGUUGACCGUGACGGGGACCCGGCCUCGACGCGACGAAAUGAACGAGAGGAAGACGAUUGAACACGUAGAGCUUCCGCUCGGAGUGAAUCUUGACAAUUUAAAAGUUGCUCGACGAGUGGAUGGGAUUUUAUUGAUUCAAGAAUCUCCAAUGGAACGACGUGAGCUCAUUUAAACAAAAUUUUAUACAAUCGCAAAUUUCAA